AGAGUGAAAAAAAACCUUCCAGAGAAAACCAGAAUCUUCUGCCAGUCGCUAUAAAUUCUCACCUCUUUCACUUUCUUCACCAAUCAGAAACUCAAAACCAACAUUUCUACUCUGAUAAUCGUUGAAUUCCAUCCAGUCCCGAUUUCAAAUCUCUGAUCCAACUCCAAGUCGUAUUUCAAUUUCUUCAAACUAAACCUAAGAAGAUGUCGAUGAUUCCAAGCUUCUUCGGUGGGCGACGGAGCAGCGUCUUCGAUCCAUUUGCCACUUUCGACCUCUCAGAUCCAUUCGAUUUUCAUUUUCCUUCUUCAAUUUCAUCUCACUUUCCCGAAAUCGCUCGAGAAACUUCAGCUAUGGUGAACGCUCGUGUUGAUUGGAAGGAGACGCCGGAGGCUCAUGUUCUGAAAGCAGAUCUGCCUGGAUUGAAGAAAGAGGAAGUGAAAGUGGAGAUUGAAGAUGGAAAAGUGAUUCAAAUUAGCGGCGAACGGAGUGUAGAGAAGGAGGAUAAGAACGAGACAUGGCAUCGGAUAGAGCGAAGCAGUGGAAAGUUUCAGAGGAGAUUCAGGAUGCCGGAGGAUGCGAAAAUGGAGGAAAUUAGGGCAUCAAUGGAGAACGGAGUUCUGACUGUGACGGUGCCGAAGGCGGAAGGAAAGAAAACGGUUGUGAAGUCCGUCGAGAUUUCCGGCUAAAACUGAAUUUGAACAUGUUAAUUUGUAAGCAGUGAGUCUGUGUAAACUGUCUUUGUGAAAUAUGUAAACAAAUUAGUUCUCCCUUCUAAAUUUUAGUCUCGAAUAGGUGUAAAAUUACAAUAUGAAUUGGACUAAUAACAAAUAUUUAUCAUUUCAUUGUAGAUAAACACAGAUGAUGUUAUUCUAUUGA